AUGCAUCAUCAUCACAAUUGUUACCAACAGCAACAACCAAUGUACUACCAACCACAACCACAACCUGUAUACAUUCAACAAGCGCCACCUCCAAGAGAUCGUGGGUGCUGUGGAGGUUGUUGCGGGGACUGUUGUCAUGGAUGCUGUUCCGCUAUAGCUCACGUCCUAUGUUGUCUCUGCCUAUUCGAACUAUGUUGCGAUGUUCUGUAA